AUGUCAUAUAUCAAUAAAUUCAGUUCUAGGUAUUACUUGAACGUCGACAAGCAAGAACUUAAAAGAGCAUAUGUCGGGAAAACUGUUCAACAAGUUCCUACCCCUGGUUUCUUCAUAGAUAGAAACAAGUUUUCUCAGAACUGUAAUCGCAUGUUAGAUCGAGCAGAAAAGAUUGGUGUUUCUUUCCGUGCACAUGUGAAAACCCAUAAAACUUCAGAGGGAACUUUAUUACAACUAGGUGAUGGAAAAACGAAAGCAGUGGUGGUGUCUACGUUGAUGGAAGCUUUCUCCUUAAUACCACUUAUACAAGAAGGAAAGAUUAAUGAUCUUCUUUAUGGUCUUCCAGUAGCUAAUUCAAGACUCUCUGAGUUGUAUGAGCUAACAAAAAUUAUACCACAUUUAAGAUUGAUGAUAGAUCAUCCCAAACAACUGCAGCUACUACGUGAAUUCUCUUCAAAGAUACCAAAUAUAAAGGCUUGGUCAAUAUUUGUAAAAAUUGACAUGGGAACACAUCGAGCUGGUGUCGACAAUAAAUCAAAUGUUGUCAAGGAUUUGGUAUCUGAAGUACUCUCCAGCAAAACCUUGUUCAGCCUUUAUGGGUUUUAUUGUCACGCGGGACAUUCGUAUGCUUCCACAUCUAUUGAUGCAGCUGUUGGAUUCCUGUAUGAUGAAAUUCAAGCAGCUAACGUUGCUGCUGGAUUUGCUGUUUCUAUUGAACCUUCUUUGCGUUUGACUUUAUCUGUCGGUGCGACUCCUACUGCACAUUCUGUGAAUCCAAAAGUAAAAGAGUUGCUACCAUCUUUACAUGGGGAACUCGAGCUUCAUGCCGGAAAUUAUCCCAUGAACGAUAUUCAACAAAUGAUUACAAAUUGCAUCAGCAAGGACGAUGUUUCCGCUUAUGUUGUUGCGGAAGUCCUUAGUAAUUAUGCGGGAAGAAAUGGUGAACCGGGGGAAGCACUUAUGAAUGCUGGCGUAAUUGCAAUGUCCCGUGAAACUUCUCCAAAAGGUGGUCAUGGUAUCGUAAUUACGCCCGGAUUUGAAAGUUUUUACGUGGACCGGUUGAGCCAAGAGCACGGAAUUUUAAAAUCAAAGAAUCCAACGGCCGUUCUUCCAGAACCUUCCCAGUAUCUCUCUAUUAUACCCAAUCAUUCCUGCAUAACUGCCGCUGCGUACCCUUGGUAUUAUAUAACGGAAGGCUCUAACAUAAUUACGGAUAUCUGGGUUCCUUGGAAAGGUUGGUGA